CCAGGCAGCCAAGGGCAGGUUCCUCUAACACAGAAUGUCACGGUUGUGGAAGGCGGAACUGCAAUUUUGACCUGCAGGGUUGAUCAAAAUGAUAACACCUCCCUCCAGUGGUCAAAUCCAGCUCAACAGACUCUGUAUUUUGAUGACAAGAAAGCUCUAAGGGACAAUAGGAUCGAGCUAGUCCGCGCUUCGUGGCAUGAACUGAGCAUCAGCGUGAGCGACGUGUCGCUCUCCGACGAGGGCCAGUACACUUGUUCCUUAUUUACGAUGCCUGUCAAAACGUCCAAGGCCUAUCUCACGGUUCUGGGUGUUCCUGAGAAGCCACAGAUUAGUGGAUUUUCAUCACCAGUGAUGGAGGGAGACUUGAUGCAGCUGACUUGUAAGACGUCUGGCAGCAAGCCUGCGGCGGAUAUAAGAUGGUUCAAGAAUGAUAAAGAAAUCAAGGACGUAAAGUAUUUGAAAGAAGAGGAUGCCAACCGGAAGACCUUCACCGUCAGCAGCACCCUGGACUUCCGAGUGGACCGGAGCGACGACGGCGUGGCGGUCAUCUGCAGGGUGGACCACGAGUCGCUCAAUGCCACCCCUCAGGUAGCCAUGCAGGUGCUAGAAAUCCACUAUACACCAUCUGUUAAGAUUAUACCAUCCACUCCUUUUCCACAAGAGGGACAGCCUUUAAUUUUGACUUGCGAAUCUAAAGGAAAACCACUGCCAGAACCUGUCUUGUGGACAAAAGACGGUGGAGAAUUACCAGACCCUGAUCGAAUGGUUGUGAGCGGUAGAGAAUUGAACAUUCUUUUCCUGAACAAGACGGACAACGGCACCUAUCGAUGCGAAGCUACCAACACCAUUGGCCAAAGCAGCGCAGAGUACGUGCUCAUUGUGCACGAUCCCAACGCUCUGGCUGGUCAGACUGGCCCAGACCACGCCCUCAUAGGCGGCAUAGUGGCUGUAGUUGUCUUUGUCACGUUGUGCUCUAUAUUUCUGCUUGGUCGAUACCUGGCAAGACAUAAAGGAACAUACUUAACAAACGAAGCUAAAGGAGCUGAGGAUGCACCAGACGCUGACACAGCCAUUAUCAAUGCUGAAGGCAGCCAAGUCAACGCUGAAGAGAAAAAAGAGUAUUUUAUUUAAAAUCCAGGCCACAUUUCUGAGUUUUACUUACCAGGCUGGCUGCUGGCGAAAACUGGCUAUCAUCUUUCAGAAAUCAUUUCCACCAUCCUCUGCUACUUUACUUACCUUCCAUACUAUACCGUUCUCAGUGGCCAGUGCAUACCAACAAUCAGCUGUCAAAAGCAUCAUUCUUUAAUUACUGUACCAUCCACAGUGCAGGAAGUUCCUUCUGCUAAAUUCACACCAUUGCUCUUUUAACAUACAGUGCUUGAAUAUACAGCCUUAACAAUGUUAAUCAUCUACUUUGGUCAUGACAUUGAGUUGUUUUUACACAUUGAAAAAUGUACGCAGAUGUCCCUCCCCCCACUUUAUCCCGUCACGUGAUAGACUUCGUUGGUUUUCCAUUGGAUGGCUCUCACAAGUAGCGAGAUUAGGUGAAGGCCUAAUGUACCUAAGUUUAACCGAAGACUAGAGGUUUACAGAUAAUAUUUUCUACUUGUGUAUCUUUAAAAAACACCAUGCUCUAGAAACAGAUGCCCUAGAAAAUAUGAACUGAAGACACUGUAGUGUAGCUUCUAGAAUGUUCGACACUAUACUGGCGAGGCGGAAUCAAUUUGCUAUUUAAAAUAUAGCAUUUGAUGCAGGAGCCAUGGGUAUAAAUUACAAUCAUGCCAUGACAUCUUAUAUUAUUAUAUAAUGACACCAUUAGUCUAUUUCAAUUUCAUUUACCAAUAAAGUGGUCCAAACACUUAACUGUUUUGGGAAUUUCAAGAAAUUAUUCAUUUCUCUAUUCGGUCCUGUAAUUUAUUUGCUCCAUAAGAACUCAUCUUCCUAAACAAAACUGAAGUAUCCAUAGGGCACAAUUUUGAGACAUUUUAGUAUCUGUAUAUAGUGCAUAUAAUAAAUCCAAUUAAACAUUAUUUGAUACGUAUUUAACUUUUUUGGCUGUAGGUAAUUCAGUCAUAAGUAAGCAUUUUCUAACGUCCAUUAUAUCCCUUUAGAUAUUACUUAAACCGAUAUUAUAAGUAGAUAACAUGUGUUAGUGUUUUUGUCUGUAUGUCCUAAGCACUGUUCAACAACAAACUUUUCUAGUUCUUGUUAAUUUUUAUUUGUUAUACAAUGGAAGCACAACGUUAUAAGGAAAGGUAAUUUUAAGCUAACAACCAGUGCACAGCCUCAGGUUUUAAAUUACAACCACAGUUGAAUAAUAACCUAAAAAUAUACUCUUAGUUUGCUACAAAUUUACAAAUUUUAAUUUGGCAGUUACAGAGCUGCUUACCUUUGUUGGUUUGCCAAAAAAAUGUUUAAGAUAUGUUUUCUGUAUAAAUGAACUAAUUCUUUAUAUUAAAUUCCUGUCUAUGCAUUUUGUGAGGUACAAACUUAUGAAACAGUGAGUGAUAGAGAACUUCUCUCAUGCUUUUAACUCCAAGGUGAAAGUGUCUUUCUCUGGGUUAUUUUGCAAUUUUGAUGUAUUUAACAAUUAUGAAAUGCUGUAUUCUUAAAUAUGACACAGAGUCGAUCUAAAGUCCUAUUAUUUCUUCUAGUAAAAGACAAUAUUGCUAGAUUAGUGGUCAUUAAAAUUAUUAUGUGAUAAAGGAUAAAAUCCCAGUGAGAUAAAAGUUAUUUUCCCAUUUGCAAGCCUUGCACCUUUAAGAGGAAAACCAAUAUGACAAAACAGUAGCUAUGCUUGUGAUGUGUGACAGCACGGCGGUGCCUAGAGGUUUACAAAUAGUAUCUGGAAUUUAUUUUUUGAGGAGCGAGAACGGCUGAAUACAACACCGUGUAUUAAUAUCAAAUAAGAGACAAGGGUGCUGUAUCUAAGGUUAUUUAUCAAAAAAGCAUAAAUCUUUUAAGGACAAUGUUAGAAUUCUUAAGUUGUUUAUUUUUGAUUGUUGAAGCAUUUAUCUUGUUGAUUUCUUACAAAAGAAAAAGGACGAUGUCAGUCAAGCAGCACUUUUUCAAAAUAUACAGAACAUAAAUAAUAUGAUGUGGUUGAGUGUUAACAUAAUAAAUCAUAUACAGUAUGACAUUUUAAG